CACUCUUCGUGCUAGUCGGCGCGAACGAAGCCGGCGCUUGCCAAUACUUUGCGGUCACUUCCGGAGCGCGUGCGCCGCCGCCUGCUUAGCGUCACGUCCUCGUCGAAUGGCGCGGCGGGACCCGGAUGUUGAUUGCCUCGCCGCGGUGGUUUGAGAGUUGGGCAGCGGGGGCGGCGUGAGGACUCAGGUGGGAGUCGCAUUCCGUCGCGCGGGGGGGGGAGGAUGCGAGUGACGUAAUGCGCACAUUCUAAUAGCUCCCGCCCCGCCUGAACGUCUGACUGCGGGGGGUGGGGGGUGGCGGCGGCGUACCUGCCCAGGUGCGCUCCCAGGUCAAUGACCCCCCCAUGCUCACACCUGCAAAGCGCGGGGCGGCCUCCGAGCCGUGCGAAAGGCUUCUUUGGAGUUUGGGAGGCCUCUCCCUCAAUUAGUUAGCGUGGUUAAUUUAGGAACGUAAUUGGUGUCGGGAUUUCUUUUUAAUAAUAAUAAUAAUAAUAAUAUAGAAAACCACCCACAUUUUGCCUGGAGUUCAUUUGCGUUUUAGUCCUCUGGAGAUGAUGAAGAGCAGCGAAGCUUGACUACGUUUGGAUUAUUUCCAGCAGCCAAAGUACAGAGGAGGAGGAGGAGGAAUUGUAGAAGAGUUGGAAAGGAACCACGAGGGUCAUUUGGUCCGGCCCUUUGCAAUGCCGAAAUCUUUCACCCAACGUGGGGCUCGAACCCAUGGUCCUGGGAUUAAGUCUGCCAACUAAUUGGAGCAUUUUACCUUUCUCCCAAGGCUGCUGUUAACUUUAGUGGUCAGAGCUCAGGUGUUGCACUCCUUGCUCUUUAGAGGCUUAUUAGCCUGCACACACACAUCCCUUUUUGUGGCCCCCAAAUAAAACCUGAGCUAUGUGAUAAAAAUCCUUUUGGAAGCUGAGUAAAUUAUGUAUACAAAACUUAAAUGUGCCAUUCUUACUAAGAAAUUUGGGGUUUCUUAGUGCAGCUAUUUCUAAAUCAAAGCAUUGUGAUAGAAUACGCAAGGAGUUCUUAUUUGCUAUCUUUUGUUCAUUGAGUUUACAUAACAGGUUGAGAUGUAUUGUGACAGGAUUUGCUUUUGUAGAGGGUAAAACGAUGUGUAUAAAACACAUCUCUGUACCAGUAUAUGCAGGAAAGAUGGAGCCUACAGUUACUUUGUUUACAAACCCUCCCCAGAGACCUGCAUGGUGGAGAUAAGGCCCCUUCCCCUGAGACCUGCAUGGUAGAGAUAAGGGUCUUAUCAGCAGUGGAAGCAGCAUUAUGCAAAUUCUGGUUAACCAAACCCAUCAGAACAGCCAAGCCCCUCUCCUGUGUACCCACAGAUAGCUCUCUUGGGUGUCUUGCAUCCCCUCUGCCAUCUUUUGAAUCUGGUUUGCUUUUCGUAGAGCCAUAAUGUCAAAACGCAAGGUGACCUUUGAGGACCAAGGCGAUGAGGAUGAGGAGGAAAUGAACUUGCCAAAAAAGAAGGUGAGCUAUUCUCCAAUAUCUUCAUAUUCAGGGGAUAAAGUGAAGGAUGAACUGUGCGUUUAAAACAUAUAAAAUCUGGGAGCUUGACUUGAGAAUGCACAGUGGCUUAUCCUGAAGAUUUAGGGGAGCUUAAAAGAGGGAUAAGCUGCUGAUUUGGAAAAAAAAUCCCUCUAAACUAGUGAUGCUGGGGAAUACAGGCAGAUUCUUCAGUUUCUGAAUGGAUAAUUUCUACAUUCUUUACCAACUCCCAACCCCCUUUAACAGCUGGUGGAACCUGCAGUUGGAGGACCAGGCAGCCGCUUUAAGGGCAAGCACUCAUUGGACAGUGAUGAGGAGGAUGACGAGGAGGAAGGGCGAGGCAGCAAAUAUGACAUCCUUGCAUCAGAUGAUGUAGAAGGUAAGUAUGGAACUGGAACCAUGGUAUGUGUACAUAUUUGGAUAAUGAGAUUCUGUAUUCUGUGAUAUUUCUACUUUCUGAAACCCCAAAAAACAGCAAGCCAGCCACUAGACCUUUUAAAGAUAAGAGGGGCUACUUUUGCUUGGAAUUGCAGUGGUAUGGAUGUGGCAGACCUAAAGGAAAUGGAGCCAUUGAGUAUCUAUUUCAGUACGUAAGGGGGGACAUCUGCAUGAAAACUAAGGCUGCAAUCCAGGGACACCUGGGAGUAAAUCCCACUGAAUUUAAUAGGAUUUAAUUCUGAGUAGAUAUGCGUGGGAUUGGGCCGUAUGUGUUCAAAGCCCUUUGGAUACAUUAUUUCAUUAAGCCUUACAGCAUCCUUUUAAAGUAGGUUGUGUUUAGGUAUUCACAAAUUUUAGAAGGUCUUGGAAGUGAAGACAAUAUUUUGGGUUGUUGGGACCCUUUAAGAGGCCUUAGGCAAGUUUUGUUCAGAGGUAAGCCCACUGUGUUCAUUGGCACUUACUCCCAGGUAAGUGUGCAUAGGAUUGUAGCCCCUGAUCUCAUAACUACACCUCUAUGGAAGAUCAGCGCUCCCCAGUUCCUCUGUGGAAGAUGAAUACUCCCCAAUUCAGCUCCAUAUAUUUGGAGCUUGUAUGGGGUGGGGGGGAAUAGGAGCUCAUUGGGAGGCUGGCCAUUGGAGUGGCUGGAGUAUCUUGGCCAUCCACCACUGGUCAUCCCCAGCCGCAACCCCAGAGUCGGCCACGACUGGACCUAAUGGUCAGGGGUCCCUUUACCUAUAAACACUAUUGGAUGUACUAGGGCUAGCAGAAUUACAAUUGCAGAGCAGAAGGAUUCAUAGGGGAUAGGGCUAUCGAUGCCCACGGACCAUGAUGGCUGUGCUCUGCUUCCACAGCUGGAGGCAGCAAUGGUUCAGAAUACCAGUUGCUGGAAACCACAGGCGGGGAGAGGGCUCUAGUGCUCAAAUCUAGCUGGCUUUCUACAGGCAACUGAGUGGCCACUGUGAGAAUGCGGGACUACAUGGGCCACUGGCCUGAUCCAGCAGACUCUUCUCAAGGUGUUGGUGUUGAAAUAUACCGUAUUUUUCGCCCUAUAGGACGCAUUUUUCCCCUCCAAAAAUGAAGGGGAAAUGUGUGUGUGUCCUAUGGGGCGAAUGCAGGCUUUCGCUGAAGCCUGGAGAGCGAGAGGGGUCGGUGUGCACCGACCCCUCUCGCUCUCCAGCUUCAGGAAGCUCUCCGCAAGCCUUGGGAGCUCCGCGGGAGUUCCCGUCGGGCUCCCAAGGCUUGCGGAUAGCAGCCUGCUUCCCGAAGCCUGGGGCCCCGGGCUUCGGGCAGAUAUCGGGCAGCCCCACAAGCUCAGGGGACAGCAGGAAGGCGCAGCGCCGCCAUCCCGCUGUUCCCUGACCUGGUUUUGGGGGGGAAAUAAAGGAAAAGUUUUUUUCCUUUAUUUCCCCCCAAAAAAACUAGGUGCGCCCUAUGGGGCGAAAAAUACGGUAUAUAAAAUUUUUUUAAAAAUGCCCAGUAGCACCUUAGAGACAAACUAAGUUUGUUCUUGGUAUAAGUUUUCAUGUGCAUGUACACUUCUUCAGUGUUGGUGUUAAUUAAGUUUAUAUACCACCCUAUACCCAGAGGUCUCUGGGCGGUUCACAGAAAAGAUUGCGACAUAUAUAAUCAGAAUAAAAACGGCAACUCAGUAACACCGCCCCCCCCCCCCGAAAAGAGCCACAUUUUAAAAGGGUAUAGGAUGUUCUUACGGUUUCGUAUCAGCCCUGCUCUAGUGAUUUAUUAAAGUUAACUGUCAUUUUAUUCUAGUAUUAUGAGAGGCUGUUCCAUCAUAAUUUGAUUCCCCCCCCUUCUUAUUUACCCUCGUAGGGCAGGAAUCUGCAACUAUUGACUAUGAAGAUGGGGUCCGGAUCACUCCAUUCAAUUUGCAGGAGGAGAUGGAAGAAGGCCAUUUUGAUUCAGAAGGCAACUACUUCUUGAAGAAAGAGGCGAUGAUUCGGGAUAACUGGUUGGACAACAUAGAUUGGGUAAGGUUGCCUGUCUGGGCUGAGCAGAAGACAGUCUGUGCAAACAGGGAGCUGAUAACCUUGGCUGUUCCUACAGUGUGUAGAGAGAGGGGCUGGGUUGAUUCCCCAGUUGCACUGUAGCAGGAAGCAAAGCAUCAGUUUUUGUGCUUGCAUUGUACAAUCAUAAAUACAGAGAUUCCGGGAAGUAAUUCUGAAAUGUCUGCAAGAGGGAACAGCAGUAGGGGGAAUGGGCUAUAGUUCUGCGGCCAGGACAGGAGUGAACUGGGUUCAUGGCUCAAAUCUGGGUACCAUAAGUAGUCAGAAAUAAAUCAGGUUGAUUGUAAUAACUAAGCUGCUUUCCUGCAUGGUCCUAAGGACUUACUGCUCUUGGAGUAAUUCUGAGACAAGAUAGCCUUGGAGACAGCAGCUCUCCCAAACCCCAGUGAGCUAGUAAGUGGGAAUAAUGUUGCUCUCUUCCUUCCAUGGCUUUUUACUACAAAAAUUGGGGAACCAGUGAAUUAAUGUUGCAUCAAACAAGGCUGAUAUGAUUCUUGGGAAUAUCUAAUAGGAACAGGGAGUGCAAAUAACAAAAAAGGAUAUUAUUUCUGGCUUGCGGCACCUGCUAGAGUUCUUUGACUGGAUCUGAAGCCCAUACAUUGGGAUAGUAGAGUAGGGACCCUGAGGACCAUGUCGUCCAACCCCCUGCCAUCCAGGAAUUUGCAGCUGCCCUAUUACGGGGAUCGAACCUGCAACCUUGGCGUCAUCAGCACCAUGCUCUAACAAGCUGAGCUCAUCCGCAUUUUGUAAUGGUCUGCCACUUGCCUCUUACGGCUUUCCUGUCCCUUUCGCUUCCCAACCAGGUCAGGAUAAAGGAGCAGCGUCCUGGUCAGAAGAAGCCGCCGCUAGAUUCUGCCGAUGAAGACGAGGAAGAGGAUCUUGAAGUGGGACGGGCACCUUUGGACAAGAAGGCGCUGCUGGAAGGGAUGGUGGCCUUGGUGCUGCCUGGCGAGACGGUGGCCAGGGCCAUCCAGAGGCUGGGAGACAAGGGCGGGCCCAAGAACAGCGGGCGUCAGAGGAGGCCCUGGAGCCGCCUCAAGGCAGAGGAAGCAGAGCCAGCCGAGGAGGGAGAGCCCCAGAAGCCCGGGUCGCCAGAACGGAAAGAGCAGCUGGAGCGCCUCUCGGGGCUGGCUGACCAAAUGGUGGCGCGAGGCGUGUAUGAGAUCUACCAGGAGACUCGGGAGAAGCUGGCACUGAGGCUCCGGGCGCUGGAGCAGCCUCCUGCAGCAGUAUCCGCAGCCGAACCGGAGCUCGAUAUGUUUGCUGAGGAUAUUGAUGAAGCGAAACUGGGGGAGAAGACACCAGCGGGUGAGUCCUUUUGUUGGGAACUGCGUUGCUGUUUUGGGAAGACCAAAAAUGCAUGAUUUGCAAAUAAUAAUAAUAAUAAUUUAGCAACUCUGUGAUCCCCUGAUCAGCCAGGGGCACCCAGGAUGAUAACUCAACAAGGAUCCUACCCAAACUUCCCCUCAGGCCGCUCCAAGUUGCAUAAGGGCAUAUGGAAAUAUUACGCGAAUGCCUUUUGUUCCCUUUAACCUUCCGCAUUCAAAAUUUGACGUUGUGAAAUUUGAAGUUAAUUGCUGUUGAGCUAAUUAGCACAUAGGAGAUCCCGAUGAUAAGUAAAUGGAUGAGAGACUUCAUGCAUCGACGUGGGCUGGUGCCGAUCUAAGACAAUUGUUCUGCCUUAGAUAAGCUGGCACAGCCUAGAAGUGCAAAAUCUGGACUAUUCUUGCACACCACCAUUCAUUGGGAACUGUGUUGCUGUUUUGGGAAGACCAAAAAUGCAUGAUUUGCUAAUAAUAAUAAUAAUAAUCCCCUGGCGCAGCUGCUUGCUUAGAUUUACGGCUGCAAAUAGAGGAAGGUGUGUUGUGCUCAUUUUCUGCCUGCAGAGAAAAGUAUUACCUCUUGGGAAAAGGCUUCUGCUCUUAAGAUUCUCUCCAAUACUUGAGCUUUCAGCAUGCAGGGUGUUUCUGUGGGGAAGCAUUCAAAUGUGGGAUCACCCACCGGUCCCCCAGAAUCCUGAUGUUUGAAGUAGUACAGCUGUACUACACGACUGUCCUGAUUGUAUUUCGGAUCUUAGCCGUUGGGUUAUUGUUGGAAUUGGCAACCUGACACAAGUUCUAACAUUCUUCCGGCAGUGGGAAGUGAGGAGCAAAAGCAGGGCGAUGACGAUGCUCUCUCUGAGGUCAUGUGGGAAUACAAAUGGGAGAACACAAACACGUCCGAACUCUAUGGCCCCUUUAGCAGCUCCCAGAUGCAGGUAAGAGACAAUGUGGGGCAGUCAAACCGCUGUUAUUUCUCUCAGAUAUUUCUUCAUGUCUCUCUCUUGUCUUAGGUCUUGUUUUCAUCAUUCAGUCUUCAUUCUUUCCGCCUAUACCAGUGGCCUUUCGUUGAUAAUUUUUUGUUUUUCCAUCCUUUCAGUAGCCUUUGGUUUUUUCCUCCCUCUUUUCUUUUUUAUGUUCAUUUCUUCCCCUAAAUCUUCGAUCUUCAUGUCCAUCUCUAUCCAUUUAUUGUUCCUGGGUGUAUAAGUCUUGUCCGUAGUUGCAAGUGCACUUCUCUGUGGCUUGCCUGCUGAGGUGAGUGAGCAGCUGUGGGCAUAUUGGAGAAGCAAUGUGUUAGAUUUCUUACCUGCUCUUUACCAUGUGGUCCCAGGUGUGUUGCAGCAAUAAAAUAUAAAUCAUAAAAACAAAUAAAACAUUGGUAACUGUAAAACAAGAAAAGUUUAAAAACAAUUAAAAGCAGUUCCAUAUGUAAAAAUAAUGCAGACAUUUAAUGAAAGUAUAUGCAAAGACAGUGAAGAAUAAUUCCUGUACACUGGGAUUAUGAACUCCACUUAAGCAAGGAAAUCAUAUUGCUAAAGAAGUUGUUUCGAUUUGUAGUGACAGCUGUCAAGCUGCAUCAAGGAUUUUUUAACACUAAUGUAAUCAGUUGCUACAGAGAUCAUUUUGAUUACAUUUACCACUGCAAUUCUUUGUUCUGAAAGAUGAUGUCCUUCAGUUUGUUAAACCUCCUCUUUCUGUGCUCCUCCUGAUGGAAAUACGCAGAUGGGGACAGAUAUAUCCCUACUUUAAGUCGUUUAUGUACUGUCUUAUAUAUUAUUUACUACAAAGCUCGAUGACUAAUCAACAAAAUGUCUGAUUACUGGAACGGCGUCCGAGCACUGAACCACUGGUAUAUCACAAAUGGACUCCUUAUUACUGCAUUUGCAAUUGUUCAAGAUAAAAUCUAUUUUGGAAAGAGAAGAAAUGAGCAUUUCACCACUGAUAUAUUACGAGUGAACUGUUUAUUUACUGUGUUGGCAAUUGUUUAAGAUAAUACCUCUGAGUAGGCUGCCUAGAAGUGCAAAAUCUGGACUAUUCUUGCACACCACCAUUCAUUUUCUCUGAAAAUAUUGCCAGCAAUGUGCGUUGUGCAAUAUCUCAGUUACAAAACUGAGCAUUGGGUGCAGAAUUCGGGUUCUGCAGAAUCUCCGGUUUCAUCUUUAAAGCCAAGUUUCUAGCCUUUCACAACCUUCAUUUCCAUGCCUGUUUUUGAGUGAAAACCACCUAACACAUUUUAGUUUGUAGGACCCCCACGUCCAUUAGGUGCACCAACUUUUUUGGGGGGGCUCUCCAUGUAUGCAGAUUUUGUUGGUCCCCUUGAUAUGGUAACGUCAGUCGUGUUUGAAUUUGCUGGUUAUGUUGAUAAUUUCCCCCCAGUGCUUGUUUGUUCACUUCAUCCCUUGGCUCCAACCAGUUUGCCAGCUCCAUCUCUUCUUUCUCUCAGCAAUUCCCUUUCUCCUUCAACACUUUCCUCUUGUGUAUCCCUCCAGGACUGGGUAUCCCAAGGCUAUUUCCCUGAUGGGGUCUACUGCCGGAAGGUGGAGAAUUCCGAGGGCCAGUUCUACAAUUCCAAGCGCAUUGAUUUUGACCUCUACACGUGAUCGGAACCCGCCUCCUGCCCCACAGAGCACAAGAGAUGCAACUCAACACAGCGGCGGACUGAAAGAACUUGCCGGACUUUAGGGGGUGGGGGCCAGGGAAGGAGAGGCGUGUGUGUGUUUGUGUGCGUGUGUUUGCAGAGGGAAAGAGGGAGAGGUUUGAUUUGCCGUCUCAUUCUGAGGUUGCUUCGCAUUUUGCGAGAAAUAAAAAGAAUCAACCUUAAAUUGGCUGGGUUGGUUACUGUUUCCCUACUGAUGAUUCCCGUGUGUUGGGCAUAGGUUAGGGAUUGGCAUGCAGCCUUCUAGCUGCCAGUUCUUGUCUGCUCCUCAAUGCUUCCAGUAGCAUCUUAAGUGAUGGGGAGGAGAGACUGUCAUACACAAGCAAAUAGAAGAUUUGGUGGGAGGUAGAGGGUAAAACUAGUUGCCAUUCAGUGACAUAGUUCACUGCUCUACCAUCUUGCACAAUAUUUGGUGGAGAAAUUGUGGUUUACUUUGUGUCUAUUACUAUUUUCAUCUGUAGGGAUCGACUUAAAGGGGGCCUUUUUUUACCCAAACU